CAUGUAAACAAAUAUAUCACUUGACGGUGCUAAAAAUAGUUCCUGGAAUUUAAAAAAUGUGCAUCUGAUAACCGAAAGACUUAUCACCAGGUGCCUAUCUGCGAUAAUCUAUAAUCUUGAUCUUGACAGUGAUCUACCAUGACAGCUUUCAAAUUCGUAAAACCACAAGUAGCGUUUGUAAACGCACCAUUCAGUCACGGCCAACCUAAACGCGGUACGGAAACAGGCCCUUUGCAAUUGAUAUCAAGCGGUUUAGCACAGCAAGUUGAAGGCCUAGGUUUGACUGUCGAUGCAGUAGAAGAUCACAAAGGUUUCGAUAUCCUUGAGAAUGAUACCGACAUCGGCAAAUUGAAAUUCCCCCGGACUGUAAGCAACGCUACUAGACAAGUAUACGAGGAGGUAGAGAAGCAUGCGAAAGCCGGAAAGCUCGUAGUUAACCUCGGUGGUGAUCAUUCUUUAGCUAUGGGUACCAUUUCUGGUAGUCUCAGCGCACAUCCUGACGCUUGCGUUGUAUGGGUUGAUGCACACGCCGAUUUGAAUUCACCAGAAACGACAGAAACAGGUAAUUUACACGGAUGUCCACUUUCAUUCUUAUUGGGUAUUGCUGGCAACAUUCCAGAGUUCAGCUGGAUUAAACCACUCCUCAAGCCUGAAAGAUUGGUAUACAUUGGUCUCAGAGACGUUGACGAUGGCGAAAAGAAGCUUCUCAAGGAACACAACAUCAAGGCUUACUCUAUGCACGAAGUCGACAAAUAUGGAAUUGGCAAGGUCGUUGAUAUGGCUCUCGACCAUGUAAACCCAGACCGUAGCCGUCCUGUACAUCUCAGUUUCGAUGUUGAUGCUAUGGAUCCAUCUGUCGCACCAUCAACAGGUACCCCUGUCCGUGGUGGUUUGACAUUCAGAGAAGGCCACUACAUCUGCGAAGCGCUCCACGAAACCGGUCUCUUGGUUGCUGUUGACCUCAUGGAAGUCAACCCUGCUCUCGAGAAUGAAGAGGCUGUCAAACAGACAGUCAGCGUGGGAUGCUCUCUCAUACGUUCUGCAUUAGGUGAAACAUUACUUUAAUAUGUAUAAACAGACGCAAACAUUAUAACUCAAAUAAAUAACACAUUGAAAUAAGUCUACAGUGAAAAAAUCUAUAAUCCAUCCAUUAGUAGUAUUCGUUUACCCGUUUUGCUGCCCUAAUCUCCUCGUAGGAAUCGCGUGACGGUAUGCUUUCCUCUUUAGUACGUAGAUUCGAUAUCCAAAUGCCUUCUCUAGAUGGCACGUAAGUAUCCAAGUUGUUUGCGCCCUCAGCGUCAGCUUUGAGAGAUUUAUCAUCUUUACCACAGCUGCAAUUGAUGUGAGAUUGCGGCAAAGGCAUCUCCCAGAGCCGUUUAGCAGGUACUGGGUAACCGGUAUCAGUGUAGGUUGGUAAUGCUAUGCUAUCUGCAGAAAGCAAACACUGCGGUAGGACAAGUGGUAUCUUGACAGUAGCCAUCUUAAGCUUUUCCUUCUUGUAGAGCAUAUCGACAACCAGGAAAUGUGCCUGACGAAAUCGAGCGAGCGACCAGUCGAGUGUUGAUGGUCUACAGUCAUCAUCCUUUGGCAAUCUGACAAAAUAGCGACCUUCAAUAACAGAAUCUUGAUCUGGUACACGUAUCAGACAAUCGGUCUUGCCACCUUUAUCGAGUAACACGUUGACAUUAACUGGAAGCUUUUCUAUGACUUUCUCCUCAUCAUGUAUGGUUGUAUGUUGUUCGAGUGAGACUUUCACUCCGCGUAUCUCUAAUCCUGGCGCGGGUGAUGGUAGGUAAAUGCCUAUGAGAAUAUAACCGGCGAUUGUUAAAUGCUGAGUCUUGAAACUAACUUCGAAGGGUCCAAUGUCUUCUACAUAAUCUUGAUGUAAGUGUUCAAGAGGAAUAAACGAACCUUCAGAAUUUGGAUGCCCUACGAAUAUCAAAGGCAUUUUAUGUAUUAAAGACUUUGAGAAUAUUUCAUCAAAUUCCACGAAUGCUUCCAAAUAUUGCAAUGUACCACCACGACUAUGUCUUUCAUAGGUUGGCGUACGGGUGUCUACUAUAAACGAAAACUCAUAUUGAUGUACACCCUGAUGCAUAAGUUCAUUCACGCUAAUCAAUAACUCUUCAUUAAGGACUAGCCGCCGGUUAGAUUUUCCAUUUAUGAUGAUAUCCUCUACAUUUUUCAAAUUGACUUUUAUUGAUUUCACUUGUCUUUUUGAAGGAAGAUACAAUUCUAAGCUUCCCCUCAAUUCUGUAGGAUCUUGUGUCCUAUAGUUCGGGGUAGUCCUGCUAAAUUGUGGAGUACUAGGGGGCUUAAAUGUUAUAACAUUAUGAGUGUUUGGAAGGUCUAUUGUCAGCGUCG